AACUCAAAUUUCGUAAAAGAAGGAAACAUGCAAAAGCAAAAGACGUCCGCCGGCCAUGUCUGUAUGUCUCUAAGACUCUAACUGGACCAGCUGAUUAAUUUGGAAGAAGGGCAUUUCCUUUAACUAAUCCUUAUGAAGGAAUAUUGAAGAUGUAAAAGAGUAUAAAAAAAUAAAUAAAGCUAAGGCUUUAACAGCUGAGAGAGUGAGGGGUAGAACAUGAAAGACUCUUGGGAAUGGGGAUAUAGAAAAGCAAAAGAAGAUCAGUCGGCUUCAUGCAUCAUCUUUAUUACUCAUCUUUUGCUUUGCUGCUGCUGCUGCCGCUUUUUCAGCUACCUCUAAAUUAACACUCUCUCUUUAUACUUAACUCGCCCAAAUGUUCCUUGCUUAAUUUGUCUUUACCUCCCUCACCCCAUAUAUAUAAUGCUUUUUGAUGCAUGAAUGGCAAGUCUUCAAACUGGAUCUCGCACGUACUAGCUAGUACAAGACUUGGUGGACACAGACAAAAUCAUAAUUGAUUAGAAUCUCAGACUGAGAGAGUGUGCGAGAGAGAUAACGAUUAUGGAGAUGUUGUCACAGUUGUGGUCGUUGCUAGGGCUGCUGACAGUCCUCCAGAAUGUGCUGCCUUCGCAGCUGCUGUCCCUCCUCCACUCCUUGUACCAGUCUCUCCAAGACAUGCUCUGCCCCUACUCAUAUUUUGACGUCCCAGAAUUCAACGGCUAUUGCGGCGUCCACCUCAACGAUCUCUACCGCCACGUCAACCUCUACCUCAACUCCCUUGUCAACGUUAACGUUAAUGUCGCCGCCAACCCCUCCUCAUCCUCAUUCAAUGCACGCCUCACCCUCUCCCGCUCCAACUCCUCCAACCGCAUCUCUUUCACCGUCGCACCCAACCACUCCGUCAGCGACUCCUUCGGCGGCCACAUCCUCUCCUGGACCCACCACGUCGACACCGUCCAAGACUCCCUCGACGAGAAGCGCUCCUUUGUCCUCAAGCUCCCCAAGCGCCACCGCCACGCCCUUCUCAACCCCUACCUCCACCACCUCACUACCCGCGCCGAGGAAUUCGAGCGUGUCUCGCGCGAGAGGAGGCUCUUCACCAACAACGGGCACGGCUCCUACGACUCCGGCUGGGUCUCCGUCCCCUUCCGCCACCCCUCCACCUUCGACACCCUCGCUCUCGAGCCCCAACUCAAGAGUCAGCUAACCGGAGACCUCAAGGCGUUUGCCAACGGCAAAGACUUCUACCAUAGGGUGGGACGUGCCUGGAAGCGGGGUUACUUUUUGUACGGCCCUCCGGGGUCUGGCAAGUCCAGCCUGAUCGCUGCCAUGGCCAACUACCUCUGCUACGACGUUUACGACCUCGAGCUCACCAAGGUUUCCGACAACUCUGAGCUACGAGCUCUGCUCAUACAGACCACCAACCGCUCCAUCGUAGUCAUAGAAGACAUAGACUGCUCCCUCGAUCUGACGGCGAACAGGCAGCAGCUCAGACUGUCCAUGAAUACCAAGAGUACUAGAUCAAAGGCUAGAGUAAGAUCGCGGCAGCAGAAGCAGGAGGACGAGGAUUGCGAUGAGCAAAACGCGGGGCGAGUGACGCUGUCGGGGCUGCUCAACUUCACGGACGGGCUGUGGUCGUGUUGCGGAGAGGAGCGGAUCAUAAUCUUCACCACCAACCACAGGGACAAUGUGGACCCGGCGCUGCUCCGCUGUGGCCGCAUGGACGUCCACGUCAACCUCGGCAACUGCGGACCCCACGCCUUCCGGGCAAUGGCGAAGAACUACCUGGGAUUGGACUCGCACCCGCUGUUUGAGGCGGUGGACCGGUGCGUGAGAUCGGGUGGGGCCCUCACGCCGGCCCAGGUGGGGGAGAUUCUGCUCAGGAACCGUGGGGAUGCCGACGUGGCAAUGAAGGAUGUGUUGUUGGCGAUGCAGGCGAGAAUUAAUUUGGAUGGCGGUGGUGGGGGCGGUCAAGAUCAGUUAGCGGAGUUAUACUCAUCAUGCGAUGAUCAGACGGUGAUGAUGAGGGCAACGUCGUCUCCGGAGAGCGUGCUGGUGGGUGUGGGUGGUGGGUCACCGGAGAAUUGGGUUUCGUCAUCGCCACCGGGGAGUGGGAGGAAGAAGAAGGCCGCCGAAGGGGAUCAGGGCCAGAGGAUGAAGAUGAAGUUCUUAGUGAGGUUGAGGUCUUUGACCAAGUCUGACUCCGGAAGAAGGGGGGUCUGUCUGACCUGUCCUCAUUCCUAGCUCCUUGGUAAAUUAAUGGAGAAAUUUUGGGUGUCUUAAUGAAUUAUUUUUAUUUAUUUUGAAAUUAAUAGAAUUAGUUUGGUUAAUUAGUGAUGUUACUAAUUCAUAGGUAAGUAGGAGGAUCUAAUCUUGUGUGUUUGGGUGUAUGUUGUAGUUGAAGUACUCUUUCUAA